AUGAAAAAUGAUCAGAAUAUGAGUCUUCCAGAGGAAGAAUCAUCAUCAGACCCUCCCGAGGUAGACUCUCAAGAUGAUAGGGGACAGAAACGCCCAUUGGAGGAAGAAGACGCUGAAAAUGAUGAGGAAGACAAGAAGGACAAGGAACAUGAAUUGCCUCGUAAUAUCUUGAUCGAGUGGAACGGACAGAAUGCCUUGGUGGAAAUCGAUUGCCGAGGUGACAAUGAUUUAGAGAACCGGAUAUGCAUCGUUGGUCGUGGGACUAUCCAGUGCUUGCAAGGCUCUCUGCACAUUCUGGGAUAUACUAUGCAAAAAGAGGAAAAUGUAGACACUGGAGCUGAGGUGAUCUUGACGAGCCCAUUUUGGUCCAGUUGGACUACGAUACAAGCGACAACUCCCAUGGUUCGAUUCCAAGUUUCCUCACUCCGAGGGACGCCGAGUUUCCGGUUUGCUUCUGCUUCCCGUCGACCGACCAUCCUUCCAGCGUCAUGGAUUACCACUGCGGACACCAUUGUAAGUGCCUGUCAAAAGGAACCUGCACCCCAGCGGGACUCACUGGAGGAUGAUGGGAUCUUUGUGCAUGCGAAACCCCAAAUCAUAUUCAUUUGUGGAGGCAAAGGCGUUGGAAAAUCUACCUUUCUGCGGUACUUGACCAAUCGUUUACUCAGCGUUAGCUCUCAUGAGGAAGUUGCCAUCUUGGAUGCAGAUGUAGGACAGCCUGAACUAGUUCCACCAGGCAUCCUGUCCUGUACGAUUCAGAAAACGCCGCUGCUACAACCACCCUACUGGAAUUUGACAGAAAGCAGAGAAAACGUUGCCUCUGUCUUUUAUGGAGCCGUGUCAUCCAAAGAUGAUCCGAGUCGAUACAUUGAAGCUAUUCAAUAUCUGGUUCAAGCGUACCGAGACCACCUCAAAAGUACCUUGAAUCCAACACCACUGUUGAUCAAUAUGGAUGGAUGGAUCAAGGGCCUUGGGUAUGAAAUCCUGACUUCCUUGGCGUUGAGUAUUGCUCCAACACAUGUGUGUCAAAUCUUGGGAUCGUCCAAGGCCAAAACCUUUGAUCUCCAACGCACCCUAUCCGGCAGGGAAUCGACCAUUUACUUCUUGGACGCCUGCACAAAUCUAAUUUCCAUGUCCUGCUCGAUACCUUCCUUUACACUUCGAUCGUUGCGACUGGGGGCCUACUUUGGACCCAACUUGGAAGAUCUUUGGGAUACUCUGGAUUUCACUCCAGCCAAACAGCUACAAGUUGGUUGGAUUGACGAUGGCUGCAUCUUGGCCGAAUACUUGGCACAGGAACGCCCUUACUGCGUGCCGUUUGAAACGGUCCAAUGCAGCUUUUUGUCCCCGGAUCACGACGAUUUGAUGGCGGAUGAGAAGCGAGUCCUGCAAGCCAUGAAUGGUGCAAUGGUGGGUUUGUGCGUUGGGAAUGCGAACAAUUGUCUCGGUUUGGGAUUGGUUCGUUCCAUUGACUGGCAAUCCGAGCUGCUGUACGUUCUGACCCCCGUGGAGUCAUCUUUCUUGCCCCAAGUCGAUAUGCUGGUGGGUGGUAACCUUCCACUUCCGUUGUCAUUUGUACUUCGAGGAGUUCAUGCUGAAUCCUUUCCGUACCAAUCCAUGACCAAUGCUUCGGUUGUUACAGCCUUGGGAGUUGAUCCUAUGAAGAGCCGCAAUAAUAUUGGAAGAAAGGGAAGUAUGAAUGGUGGCAACUAG